AUGGGCCGAGGACCGAAGAAGCACCAGAAGCGCCUUAGUGCGCCCUCGCACUGGCUGCUCGACAAGCUGUCGGGUGUCUAUGCCCCCAAGGCCUCCGCUGGUCCUCACAAGACUCGCGACUGCAUGCCCCUGAUCGUCUUCGUCCGCAACCGCCUCAAGUAUGCGCUCAACUACCGCGAGACCCGGGCCAUCCUCAUGCAGCGCCUCGUCAAGGUCGAUGGCAAGGUCCGCACCGACCUGACCUACCCCUCCGGCUUCAUGGACGUCAUCUCCAUCGAGAAGACCGGCGAGAACUUCCGCCUGAUCUACGACACCAAGGGCCGCUUCACCGUCCACCGCAUCCAGGCCGAGGAGGCCGAGUACAAGCUGGGCAAGGUUCGCCGCGUCCAGCUCGGCAAGGGCGGAAUCCCAUUCUUGGUUACGCAUGAUGCGAGAACCAUCCGCUACCCCGACCCUUCCAUCAAGGUCAACGACACCGUCAAGAUUGACCUUGCUUCCGGCAAGGUCACCGACUUCAUCAAGUUCGACACUGGCGCCCUCGCCAUGGUCACUGGUGGUCGUAACAUGGGUCGUGUUGGUGUCAUCACCCACCGCGAGCGCCACGAUGGAGGCUUCAACAUUGUCCACCUGAAGGAUGCCAUUGACAACUCGUUCGCCACCCGUGAGAGCAACGUUUUCGUCAUCGGCACUGAGAAGCCCUGGAUCUCCCUGCCCAAGGGCAAGGGUGUCAAGCUCACCAUUGCUGAGGAGCGUGACCGCAGACGCGCUCAGGCCCUGGCUGGUCACUAA